UGUAAGGAGUAGAAGUAAAAAGUCUGCUGUAAAAUAAUUACUCCAGUAAAGGAGCUAUAUAUACCCCAAAUGUCUACUUAAGUAUAAGGUAACGAAACAUUUGUACUUCGUUACUUGACACCUCUGGAAAUUACAGACUCUUGAGGAAAUUCCCCAAACUGACAUAUAAAUGCAAUCAGAUAAGAAGGCAGCAACACAGUGCUACUGAUUUACCAGGCACGAGCUGAGAUAUUAUCUACCUGAUCAGAAAGAUGGCAGUCUUUAAUUUCUGUAAGUCAGCGAGCCCAAAACACGACAUAGCCUAUAUACGAUAUGUUUUUUUCCAUAUCAACUCUUUUGUCAUGCAACUCUUGAGUAAACCCAUAAGCCGUAUGUGUUGAUGGUUAUUAUUCUCUUGCCAUGCAGACUCCGUCGGCUGUGUGCUGCUGCUGAUCACCCUGACCUGGCGCACAUCCACAGGACUCCCGCUGCACACUCUGAGCGCAGAAAACUGCGGAGACUCAUUCAAGAAGCUCCUUGACAAUGUCAGAGAUCUUCUCAGGCUCAAGAGCGAUGUUUUGUGUCAUGGCAUCGCCUCUGAUACAAUGGAGGUUAGAAGUAAACCUGACACAGCGCUGGCCUGCGCACCCAGUCUGACUCAGAACUCCGGCUGUAUGAUGCAAAGAAAUUCAUCCUUCAAUGAGAGUGAAUGUCUGAUGAAUAUCAUGGAGGACUUGGCCCACUAUGAUGCUGCUAUCAAGUCCUACAUCAACUCUCCACUCAGAAGUCCUGAGGAAAAAGAUGCACUGAGACCAACUCUGGGAAUAAUACAGAGCCUGAGGAAGAACUGCUCCCUGAUGCCGAAUGGAGUGAGCAACUCAUCAGAGGAGGAUGCUGCCCAGAUGUGGGGAAGUGACACCUUCAGUAACAGGCAGAAGAUGUGCAAGAAGAUGAGGGGCUUCCACGUGCGAACCAUCACCAUCAACCGAGCCAUAUGCUACAUCUCCUCAGGAGAACACAGGAAGUAAACAUCCUGCAACCUCCUCGUCACCACCAUCACCACCAUCGUUCCAAUAAUGCCACACUAUCUCUCCUCCUCUCAUUUAUCAAACCAAGCCAUCCGGAUCAUUCACUACCAUUAGUUACAACUACUAACCAAGCAGUGCUUUACACAGCACAUGCUGCACAGCCGUGUUCAUGAUUACUGCACAGGCAUAAGCUAGCUGGCCAGACUACAGCCUCUUCACUUAGUGACAACUGUUGGCCCAUUUCAAUGUAUUCCAAUAUUUGGGGGAAUGUAUCUACAGUAUUUAUUUGAGAUCUAUUUAUUACAUGUAUUUAUGUAUUUAUUU